GUAAACAGCUCUCCACUCAAAGGCUUUCGCGACAGCCACAUCGAGUCGUACUUUUGUCAAGCAAGGCUCUACACUUAAGGAACAAAUUGCGUUUUUACUCCGCUCCUCAAUAUUUGCGAAGCAGAUCAAGGCCUUACACUUCCAAUCCCGCUUAUCAUGUACAUAUUCUAAUGAACCACUACUCAGAGUAGUAAUACGCACAAUGUAUUAUCCAACCGAAAAUGAGAAGAACGAGAUAGUAAAGCAGCUCCUAGCUGCUCCGUCGGAUUCCCAUGCAGCCUAUCCUUCCUUCGAAGCAUAUCUUAAUCAUUACAUAUCGAUAGUGUGCGGCGGUGUUAAAGUUGACUUUCCGUCUCUCCAAAGUCACGAUGAUGUGUUACAAUGUGUCAAAUCACUAUAUGAACAAUAUUCCUUAUCACGAAACGACAUUACAAGAAGUUGGUUCCCUGGUCGUGGAAGCGUUCCGGCGGAAAGGGAACACAUAUUAAGAAUUGUUGUCAAUGUUGCGUUUAUGAUUGAUAUCAAUGAGAAAGACUACUACCCGGAGCUAUUCAACAGCGAAGGCCCGCAUCGGGCAAAAUGGGAAAAGGACCAGGCCUUUGUGGACUUUCUCGAGAAGUCAUUUCUUCCGCUUCAACGGGGCGCUGCCACGAACGUAAAUCUAGGCAACAAAAAAUCUCUCAAGGCAUGGAAACUGACUAGAAGAUAUGGCAUUACGAUAAUGGCCACCGAUAAUCUCCUUGAGCAUCUCCUAUAUAAUCCAAAGGAACAUACUCUUAGGAUCUUCCACCAUAUAUCAUAUCUACGCUCACAUUUGAAGCACUCAAAAGAUAUGGAUUUGGAGCUAGACUUUUCGCAAAGUUUAGGCCUAAAGACUUUACCUCCACGGCUCCUAUUCGAAACGUUGCUUUCUUUGCAAAUGAUACUGUUCCCCAUUGCUGUUUCUAGUUACAAACCGUCCAAGGUGCUAUUGAAGAAAUGCAUCAAAGAGCAAAGAUUUGAUAAGGAGUUGCUGUUUUUCGAAACAGUUCGUGAAAUUCCUCCCGAUUUCACCUUCAAGUACUGGGCAGAGAGAAUAGAAAGGCUCCAAGAAAUUACAGAACGACCACCUCCAAGGGGCGCAGUAUUAUCUUGGCUAGAGAGACAUACUUCAGAGAGAAAUGCCUUGACUAUUGCUAUCGUGGGGCUUUUCCUUUCUGCCUUUUUUGGCUUUCUUGGGGUCAUCAUAGGAGCACUCCAACUAGCCUUAGCGUGGCUUGCAUGGAAAUACCCUACUAGUUAAUGUGAACCAUCUAUUCGAAUACUAUCCCAUGUG